CAAUUCCAAUGAAAAAUCCAAUCUUGCCUAUAAAUUGGACAAUCCCAUAAAGAAAGACAGAAACCCACUGAGGCAAAUUACCCGGGUUGUAUUGUUUUGAUCAAUCGGCAGGGGCCUAUAAUUGCUCCGUCCGCCAUUACUGCCUUAUAGUUAUUUACAGAGAGUUUCAGAUUGGAAGCCAGAGACUUACCGUCGGAUAUUCCGAGCCAUGGAGUCGUCUCCGGCGAGCAAGAUCGAGGCGGCGCACCAGCUCUACAGGGACGGCAAGCACGACGCCGCGCUGGGAUUCUACACCGAAGCGCUCGCCGCCGCCAAAACCAAGCCGCAGAGGAUCGCCCUGCAUAGCAACCGAGCCGCUUGCUACCUCAAGUUGCACGAUUUCAAGAAGGCAGCUGAAGAGUGUACUUCCGUGCUCGAGCUGGAUUACGACCAUACCGGAGCUUUGAUGCUGCGGGCGCAGACGUUGGUGACGCUGAAAGACUAUCACUCGGCGUUGUUCGAUGUCAAUCGGCUGAUGGAGUUGAAUCCAUCUUCCGAAGUUUACCAGAACCUGGAAACUCGAUUGAGGACUCAAUUGGAAGUCCCUAGCUCCAAUACCGGAGUCCGAAGCUGAGUUGGAGGAAGAAGAAGAGGAUGAGAAAGAUGAUGACUCAGAAGAGGGACAAGAAGAUGAAGAAGUUGAAGAGCAAGAUGUUGGCAUAUUGCAAACCAGUAUGCUUGAACAAGAUCGGACUACUGUCUCUAUGGAAGAAGGCAUUAAGAAGUCUUCUGAUGGAGGCGGAGGAGAUCAGAAAUCUGAAGCAAGAAAAAGCAUCACUGCGGAAGUUAUUGCGCAAGCACAGAGGAAGCCUGAGCCUAGGAGAACCAUUGCAUCUGAAGUGAUUGCACAAGCACAGAGGACUAGUAAAGCAUCACCCGAGCAACAGUCCAAUGGUUGGCAGGCAAUUCCGAAACCAAAGGGACACUCGGCACUGGAUUAUGCACGUUGGGAUAGAGUCGUCGAGGACGACUCAAGCGAUGAGGAUGAUAAUGACGACGAUGAUGAUGAUGAUGAAGAGGAGCCACAACCACAGUACAGAUUCCGUGUCAGAACUGUUGGCGUUCAACCUGUAAAGUGAAACAAACAACAAGACAAUGCAACUGCUGGAUGCUUGUGUUGAGUAAACAUAAGUGGCACCAGUUAUAGUGAAUGGUGAACUUCGACAGCAGAAAGACGAUGGGCUUCUUUCGAGGUGGGGGGACUGCCGAAAUUUUGAUGCUGAAUGAUCCAUAGCUGGGACAAUGAAUGAGAAAGAGUUUUGAGUUGGGAUCGUUGAGGCAAAUGAAUUCCAUAUCCCCACCAAUGCAUUACCUCAAAGCCGAAUGUUUUAGUUAUAACAGAGUAGGGUCUUUUUAUAGGUAGCAAAGAUUGCAAGCAAGGCUGUAAAUAACAUGUUCUUAUAGGCUGUGUUCAUCAUCUUGUUCAUACAUAGUUGUCGU